AUGGAUGAGAACACGUUGACUUCCCCCACUGGAGGUUCCCCAUUCGGUCUUCGAUCUUCAUUAUUUCUUGCUUCUCUGGUUCUUUUUCUUUUUUAUAUCACCUGGCCCUUCGCUCUGGGCUUUUCUUCUUUUUCCGACUCUUUGUUACAUCGGGCAUGUAACUAUCUUGACAACUGUCACCCAUUUCUUUUUUUUUAUUUGUUUAUCCCCAACUAUUAUUCAUCACCUCUACGGCUAUCGCAAUUGAUCCUGCCUAUUGCCGUUGAGGGUAUCACGAUCAUGGAGAACGCCUUUCUCCGUACUCCAGCCGAGUCGCUGGAGCACUUCAAGGUGUCGGAGCAGACCGGUCUGUCGCAGAACGCGGUCGUGAGGUCCAGACAACAGUAUGGACCAAACGCUCUUCCGGAAGAACCCCCGACUCCCAUGUGGGAGCUGAUUUUGGAACAAUUCAAGGACCAAUUGGUUCUUAUCCUUCUUGGCUCGGCCGCCGUGUCAUUUGUGCUAGCUCUCUUUGAAGAGAGUGACGAUUGGACUGCAUUUGUGGAUCCCGCUGUUAUCCUUACUAUCCUCAUCCUCAAUGCUGUGGUUGGAGUGACCCAAGAAAGUAGCGCAGAAAAGGCGAUUUCAGCUCUCCAGGAAUAUUCGGCCAACGAGGCCAAGGUUAUCCGCGAUGGAAUGACGCGAAAGAUUAAGGCCGAAGAUUUGGUUCCCGGAGACGUGAUCCAAGUUGCUGUCGGUGACCGUAUCCCCGCCGACUGCCGACUGCUCGCCAUUCAGAGCAACAGCUUCCGCGUCGACCAGGCUAUUCUGACUGGCGAGAGUGAAAGUGUUGCAAAGGAGACCCGUGCUAUCAAGGAUGAGCAGGCCGUCAAGCAGGACCAGCUCAACAUGCUUUUCUCCGGUACCACCGUUGUCAACGGUCACGCUACGGCUCUGGUCGUGUUGACCGGUGGCUCAACUGCCAUUGGAGAUAUCCACGAGAGCAUCACUUCCCAGAUAUCUGCGCCGACCCCCUUGAAGAAGAAGCUGAAUGACUUCGGUGACAUGCUCGCCAAGGUUAUUACCAUCAUCUGUGUCCUGGUUUGGGUCAUUAACUACGAGAACUUCAACGACCCCGCCUUCGGUGGCUGGACCAAGGGUGCUAUCUACUAUCUUAAGAUCGCUGUCUCUCUUGGUGUGGCCGCUAUUCCGGAGGGUCUGGCAGUGGUCAUUACCACCUGUCUGGCUCUGGGUACCCGCAAAAUGGCUCAAAAGAACGCAGUUGUCCGCUCUCUUCCCUCCGUCGAAACCCUGGGCAGCUGCAGCGUGAUUUGCUCUGACAAGACCGGAACCUUGACCACUAACCAGAUGAGCGUCGAGAAGAUCGUUUAUCUGACCAGCUCUGGCACUGGUCUUGAGGAAAUCGACGUCGAAGGCACUACUUUUACUCCCGAGGGCAAGCUCACCCAGAACGGCAAGGUUGUCGAGAAUGUGGCUGUUUCUUCAUCGACCGUCGCACAAUUGGCCGAGGUCAGUGCUCUUUGCAACGCCGCUACUCUUUCCCACGAUGCCAAGAGCGGAGUCUUCUCCAGCAUCGGUGAGCCCACCGAGGGAGCCCUGCGUACUCUGGUUGAGAAAAUUGGAUCUACCGAUGUCGCCCUGAACCAGAAGCUUUAUCGCCUCCCUGCGUCCGAAAGAUUGCAUGCUGCCAGCGCUCACUACGAGUCCCGUCUCCCCCUCAAGGCCACCUAUGAGUUCUCCCGUGACCGCAAGAGUAUGUCUGUCCUCGUUGGCGAGGGCAAGGAACAAAAGCUGCUGGUUAAGGGUGCCCCUGAAAGCAUUCUGGACCGCUGCUCGCACGUUAUUCAAGGCGCCAAUGGAUCUCGCGUUCCUGUGACCCAGAACCACUUGAAGCUUCUCUCCGAGGAAGUUGUUGAGUACGGUAACCGUGGUCUCCGUGUCAUGGCCAUCGCAAGCGUUGACGGCAUCUCUGGCAACCCCCUCUUGAAGAAUGCCACCACCACCGAGGACUACACCAAGCUCGAACAGAACAUGACUCUCAUUGGUCUUUGCCACGCCGCCGGAAUCCGGGUCAUUGUCAUCACCGGUGACAACCGCAAUACCGCCGAGUCUAUCUGUCGCUCAAUUGGUGUGUUCGGAACUGACGAAGAUCUCACUGGCAAGAGCUACACGGGCCGUGAAUUCGACAGUCUCAGUGAAAGUGAACAGGUGAAGGCCGUCCAGACCGCUUCGCUUUUCUCGCGCACUGAGCCUACCCACAAAUCCAAGCUUGUUGAUCUCCUCCAGUCUUUGAACCACGUCGUCGCUAUGACCGGUGAUGGUGUCAAUGACGCUCCCGCUCUCAAGAAGGCUGACAUUGGUGUGGCCAUGGGUACUGGAACCGACGUGGCCAAGAUGGCCUCUGAUAUGGUCUUGGCUGAUGACAACUUCGCUACCAUCACCGUCGCCGUCGAGGAAGGUCGUUCCAUCUACAGCAACACUCAACAGUUCAUCCGUUACCUGAUCUCUUCCAACAUUGGAGAGGUUGUCUCUAUCUUCCUGACUGCUGCCCUUGGCAUGCCCGAGGCUCUGAUUCCCGUUCAGUUGUUGUGGGUUAACCUUGUCACCGACGGUCUGCCUGCCACUGCUCUGUCAUUCAACCCCCGGACCACGAUGUGA